GAGGUCAUCUCACACUUCCUCCCCCUGCCCAGAACCUUCAUAAUGCCACGACAUCCAGCCACAGCUUACAUUUAAUUCUUUUUCAUUUAAACAAUAGCUUCAUUUUUAUGAACUGUGAUAUUUUCCCUGAAAUACGUGAUUUAAAAUCUGCAUUAUAGUGACUUAGUUCAGUUGCUCUAAACCAGCUGCAUGCAUGCAUUUUGCAGGUGAGAGAGAAGAAAGGUGGGGGUGAGGGUGCUGGUGUCAGAGACAAAGGCGCUCAGAGAGCCAGGUCACUUCCUUAGUCGAGCUCAUUCGACAAAGCGGAGAAUUUCAAGUGUGAAUCGGGUUGAGGAAAAAGACAAAUCAAGGAACAUGAAGAGGACUUUCUGCUGCGAUGACUCCAUGAUCAUCACCAUCCCCAUCGGAAGCCUCAAGGACGUCCGGGAGGGUCAACUGAUGCCAGACAAAUUCCACUGUGUGUUCAGAGACUCCUACAAGGUCUUCGCAAUCCACGGGAAGCCCAGACCUCUCGGGGCAGCUCAAGGCCUGGCUGGUGUGUUCCUUCUCACGCUUGGUCUGAUCUUUUCCAAUAUGAAUGGCAUCUUUACCUACACUCUGCCAAGUGUUGUGUUUAUGAUCUCUGGUAUGUUGACCUUCGCUGCAGGGAAAUUUCCAAACAUGCAUCUGACAAAGCUCUCAUUCUCUUUGAACAUUAUCAGCUUCUUCUGGUCAGUUGCAGCUUUUUCUCUCUGCGUGAGCUACCUUCACAAAUACAGCACGACACAUAGCUCAACUGAAGCCACUGGAGAAUUGCACAAAGGGAUCCACGGCCUGAUCAUGAGUCUGCUGGUUGUGGAGACUUUCACAGCACUGUUUCUGAUCUACUGGUUGAGCAAAGCCGUGUGUCGACAACAUUUCAACAGCCUGCCCACCAUUCUGCUGAAACUUGGAGACUGAAGACACAAGACAGGCCGCUGACGGCAAAAAACCGUCAGACACAGUCGAAAAAACGAACAAAAACACAAACAUGGGUUUGUGUUCGGCUCACAGCUGUGACUGAUCUGAACUACCACUUUUAAGCAAGUUACCGUUUAACGCAUUUCUAUAAAGCUGUUUAACAGAAGGCUUUUGCAUCUUGAACCAGAGUUAUCAGUAAAGUUUUGUCUUUGUUAACAGUUUACCUUAAUAAACUGUUAACAAAGUUGAACUGUUAAACGGUUUUUUUUUUAAAUGUUGAACAUGUCAAGCUUUGAAAACAUGACGAUGGUUGAUGCUGGCUCUUCACUUUUCCAUCUGGUUAUCAUUUUUGACAGCAUUAAUUACAAAUGAAUGAGGAAUGUAAAUAUUUUGCUGCCACCGCUUGUGUGCCGUUGAAACUGAGCAAAUGUGUAAAAUUGAAAUGCUGAUAUAAUUUCUCCUUUUUUCCAUCAUUGACUCAGAUCUGUUUAGAUCUCCUUUUUUGUGAAUCACAAGUAGUUGUACUUAUAAAUAAAGUUAACCCCUGAAUUAUAGUUUAGUUGGUGUUCUUAAUGGGUGGAUGUAACAAAUUACAAAUAUUCACAUUUUUGAAAUAAAUUGCUUUUUGUGUUCUUUAGUUUUAAUUGGAUACGUCCUUCACGGCUGAGAAAUUCUACAGUUUGAAUUGAAAGUCAAGUGUUUUUCAUCAGCAUUUUUGUAGCCACUUUUGAAAUUGGUUGAUUGAUCUAACUAUAUAAUAACUGAUCAUAGUUGAACUUCUAUAUCAAUUCUUGGUUUAAAAUGUCCUUUUAAUGUAGAUAGUUUUAACAGUCUUAUUCCAUAGAAUGCGUGUUAUUAA